AUGGUCGCUUGGUUAGCCAUCAGGUCGAAUGUGGCGCUUUCGUUUGUCGGUGUGAUUCUCGUCACCUACGCCUCGAUUUGUGGUCUUGGCUUGUCGACCGCAAUCGGAAUCAACUUCAAUGCUGCCACUACUCAGAUCGUUCCAUUCUUGUCGCUUGGGCUUGGAAUUGAUGACAUGUUUUUGUUGUUGCACAACUACGAUGAGAUCAGUCAUACUAUGCGGAAGAAUGAAAUGGGAAUCCUUCUGAAGGAAACCGGCAUGUCCGUUAUGGUCACAUCCAUCAACAACAUUCUUGCAUUCUGUGCCGGCUACGUCUUGCCAAUUCCUGCAUUGAGAUCGUUCUGCUCCCAGACUGCCGUAUUACUGGCAUUCAACCUGGCGUCGUUGAUGUUCGUCUUCCCUGCUUUUAAUCUGCGCAGACGCUUCGUAUUCUGGCAAACGCGAUCUCGUCUACUGUGGACCAAGCAGUCAGUAGAUUUUACAACCCUGUGCGGAGUAGCGUUCGGUCUGUACGGAAUGUAUACCACGACGCUCGGAUUGGAAUUGGCUGACGUUUUGCCAGAGAACACUGCACCAGCCGCAUUCAUGAGGUGCAACGAGUUUUUCAUUGUGAAAGCAAACGGAAAACUCCAACCGUAUUGGAUGUCAAUGCUUCGAGUAUGGCUCGAGUCGCUGCAAGUCGCGUUUGAGAAAGACAAAGCAAGUGGUCUCAUGGACCCUGUCACCGGAGCUCCAAUCAGGGGGAAGUUCGUUGGUCGCUUUUCCAAGUUCCUUCGUAUGAAGCCUGCUCCAGAGUCGAUGAUUGCACGACGCCUUAUCUGCUCCUAUGGCCACACGUACAACUGCACUGGCCGAGUCGGUCUCAGCCCUCAAUCAUGGUCGAGACGGUAUAAUUCGACCGAGAGUUCGAUAUAUAUUACUGAUGCAUGGUAUAAUACGCAAAACAUGAUGUACUACGUCUCACAGGCUUCGUUCCAACCAACGCCACCAUCAUGGCAAAUGGGACCGCAUGAAGGAGUCGUACCACCAGCUCGUCCACUCCUCUACUCUCAGAUUCCGUUCUAUCAGACAAACCUCACCGAUACACCUGUUACAGUAAACAUGAUCGAGGUGAUGGUUAUCGUCGUAAUCGUCACAAUCGAAUUAGGCGGAUUCAUGGGAGUGUUUGGCAUCAAAAUGAAUCCGAUUUCUGCCGUAACCCUGAUUUCAGCAGUUGGAAUAGGUGUCGAGUUCACGGCUCACGUCGUACUGGCAUUCCUGACUUCGUUGGGAUCGGUGGAUGAUCGUCUCGAGUCCUGCUUGCAGCACAUGUUUGUACCGGUGUUCCAUGGAGCCAUAUCGACCCUGUUAGGAAUAGUUAUGCUGGUGUUCUCCGAAUUCGACUUCGUUAUAAAGUAUUUCUUUGUCGUUAUGUCGACGUUGGUAGUAUUAGCCGUAUUUAAUGGUCUCUGCCUGCUGCCUGUACUUCUGACAAUUAUCGGACCAGAACCUGAGUUGAUUCCAACGGACGGAUCUUGCCGGUUACCAGCUCCACCACCACUCAGUGAGCAGUACAAAAAGAAAGCCGCUAUGGGUGUAGAAAACGGUUUAAGGCAUCGGAAAGGCACAGACGUAGAAAUGUCAGCGAAAAAGUCGCGAAAUGACAAAGACGAUUACGAGCUAUCGAAGAAACUGUAA